CGGUUGAUAUUGACGUGAUAACGCGUCGUCGUAGAUAUAUCUUUAUUCUUCCAUAGAACAUUUCUCCGUGGGCCCCUUCUUAGCUUCAACGAAAUGAUACGGUUUGAAAAGAAAGAAAAUCAUUCCGUUUUCUAAUCACUAUAAAUAGAGGAAUCUAGAUCACAUAUUCAAGCAAUCCGGUUGCUGGAGGACAGCCACGCUCAAAAAUCUUCAUUGUCCUUGAUUAUAUCUUGGCUGAAAAUCACGUGGGAUAAGCAAUCACACACAACCAACGUUUCAGCUGUGGUUGAUUACUAAAGAACGACAAUGAAGCAAAAGAUUGUGAUAAAAGUCCCGACGAUGAGCAAUCCCAAGCUCCGGUCCAAGGCCAUGAAAGCUGUAGUCAGCAUACCAGGUGUUAUAUCUGCUACAUUGGAGGGCAAUGAUAUGGACCAACUUGCAGUGGUUGGCGUUGGAGUCGACUCGGUCACAUUGACAACCCUGCUUAGAAAGAAGAUGGGAAUCACAGAGCUGAUUAGCCUCACAGUGGUUGAUGAGAAGAAGGAAGAGGAAAAGAAAGAGGAAGAGAAAAAGCCGUCGAUCGAAACUGUGGUGUGGCCCACUUCUUCGCCCUACCAAUACGGCGUACCACAGCCACUGCACUAUGUGUACCAAGACCCCUACCGAGAUAACUGUUGCUUCAUGUGAAGCACUACAAAUGAUAUCGACGGUUGAAUUGAAGUUGUGUGGGAUGAGUCUUGAGCCUGAGUGUGGUACGUAACCAUGCUUUUUCAGCAAGCUAUUAGGAAUGGGGAAAUGGGAAUUUUGUCGGAUGUAAUUGCAUCAUUUGAGAAAGUGUCAUGCAAGCUAUGGUGGUUAUUUGAAAAAGAAAAUGAGGUUAUAGAA